AUGAGUGCCAGGACGCGACGACAAAAAGCCGCAUUGGACGUCUCUGCUGACGACGGUGAGGUUUUGGAUGCCGGCAAUGGCAAUGGCAAUCUUGGGGUCCCAUCUGCUGCGCCCAAGUCUACCAGGCGCGCAUCCUCCAAGAAACGAUCUCGUUCGGCCGUGAGAGUGGAAGAAGACAAUGAGGAGAACAUCUUUCUGUUCGCGCCAAACUUGAUCGGAUACUUCCGCGUUGUGCUCGCCUUCGCCUCGCUCUACUACAUGCCUCUUCACCCACGGACAUGUUCACUUCUGUACAGUGUGUCGUGUCUCCUGGACGCUCUGGAUGGAUACGCGGCGCGCUACUUCAAUCAGUCAACGACUUUUGGAGCAGUCUUGGAUAUGGUGACCGAUCGUUGUACAACCUCUUGUUUGCUUGUCUUUCUCAGCUCCGCUUGGCCGCGCUGGGCUAUCGUCUUCCAAGGGUUGAUCUGCCUUGACUUGGCCAGUCACUAUAUGCACAUGUACGCGACUCUCAGCAUGGGUGGCUCCGACCAGAGCCACAAGAAGAUCGAUUCUAGCCGAAGCUGGAUUCUCUAUCAAUAUUAUCACAGCCGAGUUGUUCUGUUCAUCUGCUGUGCGUUGAACGAACUGUUUUUCAUUGGCCUCUACUUACUCUCCUUCUCGUCCCCCAUCCUGUCACCCUCGCUCCUCCAGCCUGUCGGUGACACUCAGCCAUCCUCGGCGCAACCUGGGAACCCUGCCCACCCCAUUCCAACCAGUCUCUUUGCGAGUCCCUGGAGUGCGGGUGCUCUCGAGAUGGCCCGCGCCAACAAGAUCGACAGCUUCUGGCCAUGGGUCAUCACCGGCAUCGCCGCUCCCGUCAUGUUGUUCAAGCAAUUUGUCAACGUGGUCCAGAUGGUCAACGCGAGCCGCUGGCUGGCCGAAGGCGAUCGUCUCAAUCGACGUGCCAACCGUAAGAGAUAA